UAAAAAUCAGGAAUUAAUGUAGUGCCUAAUGCAAUGUGUAAUAAUAUCAGAUUAAGCGAGCAACACACUACUAGCUGAACAUAAACGCAUUCAAUUUAAUUGGAAGCCGGCCAAACAUUUGUGCAAAGGAUUCGUCAUUAAAUAACUGGUCAACAAAAGCAGUUGAAAUCAUUUUAUACAUUUUUGGCCAAUAUAUUCAGCGACAAAUUGUUGCGGCUUUAACUACGAGCGCGAUUAUAUCAAGAAUCAAAGUGUGAAAUUCGCCGUAGCCGCAAAAUUCGCGAUUUCAACUGUCAUCGGUUAACAACAACAACAACAACAAUAGCAGACUGCGGAUGCAGCAGCUGCUCUAGCGCAUUUAUUCGGGGCGCGACGUAAACCCUAUAAAAAGAACAUUUCAACAAAAACAAAUACAAUACAACACAUAUUGGUAAAAGCUGUUAAAAAAAACUCAAACAUGUUGGCCUUCCACAACGAGCACAUAGCGAGUUGCGCUUUUCUGACCUACUUCAGUCCGGAGAGCUCAACAACAGCUGCCAAUUCGCCAACAUCUGCCACGCAGACAACGCUUUACAAUGAUAAACAGUCUAUAACAGGGGUUGCGUAUCCUUGUGGCGCCCUGAGCCUGCGACGCAUGCGUUGGCAACAGCAUCAGCAGCAGCUUAAAAUGCAUAAGCGCCAGCAGUUGCAUGGUGCCGCUCCCUAUGCGCGGCUGCAACACCAUCAACAACAACAGCAGCAGCAGCACCAGCAACAGCAGCAGCAAUCAGUAGGCCUUGGCCUCAUCAGCCGCCGUCGCAACAAUUUGCGAGAAAUUUAUAAAACGCAUGCAAUUUGCUAACAACAAUUGACUGCCUCUACCGAAGCAGUAGCAGCAGCAGCAACACCAACAGAAAUAACAACAACAAUAAGUAGUAAUGCGCCAGUU